GCCCCAUAUUUCCUGUCCCAAGUCCCAGCAUCCUGGCAGAUCGAGAUGAGUGGUGUGGUCGCCGACGGUGACCGCGCGUCCUUGGAGCCCGCUCUGACGGAUUUUGCUGAGACGCUGGGCAAGUCGAUGGGCUCUUUCGAGGAACUGCGAAUCAAGCCCAAGAAACAGGCCAAGGUCUUGACCCCGGAAGAGCAAGCCGACAAGAAACUGCAGAAGAUCUUCAAAGGGCUCGUCACUGCAGAGAAGAAGCUGAUGACUUUGGUCGAGGAGCUGAAAUCUGUGCCCUACUCGGAGGAGCUCCGGCAGGUUUUGACGAAGUAUGUGGAUGAUGUGAAAGUGAUGCCGAGCGAGUGGGAUAAGAAGAUUCAUCCUGCGAGCAGCUUGGAAGACAAGCUCUCUGCAAUCAGCCUCCUCGAGGAGGAUCUAAAGCCUAUCAACGAAGGGAUGCGAGAGGCCCGUCGGCGGAUCGGCAAGGCACCAAAGCAAAGCUCAGACGCCGAAACAGAUUAA